UACCAGAAAAAACUAACUCUUAACUGAAAAGUCUUGCCCCGCAACCGCCAAAAGCAUAUAUAUGACCUUUCUGCAGUCAUCACUUCCUUCUCUUCUUCUUAACCAAAGCACACCACACCCAUUUUCUUCCAAGAAAACUUCUCCUUCCAAGAAAACACUUCUCCGAGAAAUUCCCCAAUUCUUCCAACUCUCGAGAAAAUGCCUAGGCAUAAUAACCGCCAACGCCACCAGCAGCAGCAGCAGCAGCAACAGCAGCAGCAGCAGCAGCCGCAACAGCAACAGCAGGACCACCGACGUUCUAAUCCACGUCAAUGUCCACCGACAAAUAAUCCCUGCUAUUAUUUCGCGACAAUAGUUCUACUGAUUUACUUUUUCCUUUUUAUCAUAAUGGCCACGAAUCUUUUCUUUGUUUCUUCUCUGUUUAUGGAGGGCAAUUCAACUGAAAAUCGUUUCCCAUUCUCUGAAGUCCUUCACUCACCCAAUGUCUUUUUCCCAAACUAUGCUACGAUGAAGAGGGAUUUCAAGGUCUUCGUGUACCCAGAUGAAGUAUCGAGCAUGUAUUUUGGUGGACUUAAGGAUUUGAUCAGGGGCAAAUACCCAAGCGAGGGAUACUUCUUUCAUAAUCUAAGAAAGAGCAUUUUUUGGACUGAUGAUCCUGAGAAGGCUCAUCUGUUCUUCAUUCCCAUUUCUUGUCAAAUAAUGGCACAAAAGGGAUUUUCACAUCAGGACAUGGACAGGACUAUCAAGAAGUAUAUCAAGAACCUAAUUUCUGAGUACCCUUAUUGGAAUAGAACUCUUGGUGCUGAUCACUUUCUUGUUGCUUGUCAUGACAUUGGACUGAAUGCUUCUUCUCAAAUUCCUCAACUUGAGAAAAACUCAAUUCGAGUUAUGUGUUCUUCAAAUUAUAGGAGUAGAUAUAUUCCACACAAAGAUGUUGCCCUCCCACAGGUAGUGCAGCCAUUUGCUCUUCCAGCUGGUGAAUUUGGCACAAAGAAUAGGACUAAACUCGGUUUAUAUGUUGGUUCGCCUGACACAAAAGUAGGACCUGCUUUCGUAGAGGCUUGGAAGAAUGAUCCUGAAUUUGAGAUUUGGAGCACCCAGCUAGAUGGGCCUAGAGCCACACUCUUAUAUGUUAAGAAAUUCUACAAAGCCAAGUUUUGCAUCUGUAAUCAAGGUUCUGGUAUGAAUAGUGCUUGUGUAGCAGAGUCUAUCAACUCUGGUUGUGUUCCUGUCAUCAUGCCCGAGUACUAUGACUUUCCACUUAUUGACAUUAUCAACUGGAGGAAAUUCUCUAUAAUAGUCAAGGAGGAGGACGUUUAUAAUCUGAAGGAAAUUCUUAAAGCCAUAUCUGAUGAAAAAUACCUGGAAUUGCAGAAGAACACAGUCAAGGUACAAAGGCUCUUUGAGUGGAAUUCAUCUCCAAUGGAAUAUGAUGCGUUUCACAUGGUUAUGUAUGAGCUAUGGUUGCGCCGCCAUGCCAUGCCAUAGUCUAUUCAAAGCAUUAGUUUCGUUGAUUUUUUCUCAAGUAUAACUGUUGAUAAUACAGUAUUAUAUGAUAAUCAAUGAUCAGGUUCUGAUAUAUCCAUGUUAUUUCUUAAUACAGUAUUUGCUUAAGAGAUGAUGUUAUUUCUGAUAAUACAGUAUAAACUCUAAAGCUGAUAUAUUGACCAGCUACAAUAUUUGCUCAA